AUGCCGGCGACCCGUUCUCGUUCACGGUCCCCAAGACGAUCUUCGACUUCCUCUUAUUCAAAAGAUAAGGCUGGGAAACCAAACUCUCGUGAGCUAAUCACUAUAAAAACAGAAUCUACCCCAGACAACAAAGUGAAAGCCGACCAUAGUGGCAAAGACAAAACUGCUUCGAGCUACAAGUCGGACUCGGCUAAACCGAAAACAGACAGCGCAAAUGACAGUAAACAAGCAGAAAGGAAUUUCCGAAAACCGUCCGAAUCACCGGUUUCGAAAAGUGGUAACUCGGCGAAUAGGAACAUGAACUUCAGGAGCAAGGAAAGAAAGUUUUCUGGUCGAUGUAGGCUCUUUGUUGGAAACUUGACCAACUGCGAAGACACUGAACUCAAACAGAUGUUUGAAAAGUAUGGAGAGGUCGCUGAGGUGUUUAUUAACAAGGAGAAGGGUUUUGGCUUCGUCAGAGUGGUCAGUAUACAGUAGUAAAACAAAAUGAGCUGAACAAAUUAAGCACAACUGGUUUCAUGGAUGUGGUUUAAGAAAAGUAGACGGUAUUCAAUCGAUAGAAAUCGGUCAUUGGAAGCCUAAUCGAUUAAUCGAUGGCACUCCAUAGUAAUCGAUUUUUGUCGAUCAUUCAAUUUUCAGUGGAACCUCGAUUAAAUCGAUUAAAUGUAGUUCCAAGGGACUGGGGAAAUUUGUUCGUUAUAUUAUUGAGGGUUUGUUAUAUCAAACACGUCGAUUUAACGAAUUUUAGAAAAAAAAAACAACCAAAAUGUUUAUUAUAUCGAGGUGUAAUUAGUAAUUUAUUUACAAAACCCAGCAUUUCUGGAUCUGAACAAAUUACUGCAAUAACAUUCGUAAGGUUAGGUAACAUCUGCAAAGCAGCACCCAUAUUCUUGUUCUGGGUCCCCAAUUACUGGAAAUGGUUUCAAAAUUUCCCUUCAGCCUGAUUACCAAGUUGACAAUGGCUUUUUUAACAGACCAAUCAUGGCACAUACUCAAAUCCUGGUACACAGGUAGGGAUCCAGAACAAGGCUUUCAGCACUGUUUCACAGAAGGACAUAACCAGAAGUUAAGGUCUGUCUAUCCCUGAGAGGAAUAUCAAAAAUGCUUAUCUUCGAAUUAGGGACUGUGCAAUAAUUACCAGGAGGGUGGGGGGGGGCUGAAAAACUAGAGUUAUCUACCAAAAACUUAGACAGUACCCCCACCCCUCCAAAACAAAAAAAAUUAGUUCUAACCCCCCCUCUGUUAUGUUAAAAAUAACAUUGCACCCCCCCCCUCCACCACCACACUGGUAAACUCAAAACUGGACUGAGCUGCCAUCACAGCUUUAAUAAUGACAAACGUUAUUAUGUAACAUCUAGUAUCGAGAAGGAUGUUGAUCGCUUGAUUGAAGAUUUAGACAAAGCAUUUGCUAAGUACCGGGGUGCUUACCACGUUGGCUCGAAAUCUAAAACUUCUGAAGCCAGAAAGAGAAAGGAGGAGAGAAAAAAAUCAAAGAACAGGAGAUUGAAUGCUUCAAAUAACAGACGAAAAAGAGCUUGUAUUAUAUUUUGAUCCUUGGUAGGAGAGCCUGUUGAACUUUGUUAUGAGCCACAUAUAUAUGGAAUUCAGCAAAUCGAUUCAGUCGAUGAAGAAACAUUACUUUUAUUCACAUCAAAAACCGACAAAACUUGUCUAGGAGUUCUGUUUGAUUCCCAUUGUUUUAUGGGGGAAGCUGAGAAACAAGUUCAUGAUUUUUGCUUUACAUAGGAUCAGCUCAAUUAAUUAGAAGACGGGUUAAAAUUGAUCAGUUGUGAAUUUGCUUUUCAUUUUGAUGGAAUAAUUUCAAUAAUCGUUUAACAGCUGUUCGUAUUGAUAUUUGUUACAGUCUAUCAUGUUGCCUGUAUUGAGAAUCUUUUAUUGCGUUUAAUUUUAUUUACAUUUCGAAUAAAACUUAAGGCCCCCCCUCCGUCAAAUGGGUGAUUUUACUUUGAGCCCCCCCUAUCUUGGCAGCAAUUUUAUGUAAUGCCCCUCCCUCUAGUUUUUCAGCCCCCCCUCCUGAUAAUUAUUGCACAGUCCCUUAGCUGAAGAUUUUAUCUCCAGGAUCCCUCAUAGGGAAUAUUCCAGCCCAGGAGUCGUGUGCCAUACUUAUGGUAAUUGAAUAUCACCAACUAAUGUACAAAGUUAAUGGGAAUCUUAUGCGCAGUUGUAUUCGCGAAUCUUACUGCGCAAUAAUAUCCAGAGUCACUGCCAAAAUUAAAAGAGAUAUGGAAGGCUGUAGAGACUUUCAAAUUUUGUUGGUUUUCAAAGAAUGUAAAGCACUUGUACAGAGGUACGUAUGAUGGUCACAAAGUGCUUAAUCACAAGAAAGCAAUCUCUGUAGAUUUCUGAUAUUAUUCAGUUGAUUCAGUUUUAUUGAUUAUGAAAAAUUUUGUUUAGAUACACCCUGUUGAAAGGAUGGGACUCGCAAUCACCUUUUGCCAGGUGAUUUUGGGGGGAUGCAACAUAGCCCUGGAAUAAUCAGCACACUAAGUUCUCUAUAUUCACCUGAGUAGUCCUGUAUAGUCCAGAAAGGUUAUCACAAAAAAAAUACACCUUAUCAAAAGGCCCAAUUGCUAAGAAGUGAUAAGGGUUUUGAUCAAAGUCAUUGUUUUUUUAGGACACUCGUUUAAAUGCAGAAGCUGCCAAACAAGGUGUUGAUGGAACUUAUCGGAAUGGAAGGGUAUUGCGGGUUCGUUUUGCCACACAUGCAGCCGCUCUCAAAGUCAUGAACCUUGGUCCUCUGGUUACAAAUGAGCUGUUACAUUCAGCCUUUUCCCAGUUUGGUGAUGUGGAGCGAGCAGUUGUUGUCUGCGAUGAUAGGGGAAGGUCAAAGGGCUAUGGUAUUGUUGAAUUCUCCAGAAGAAACUCUGCUCAAACAGCAUUGCAGCAAGUUAAUGAUGGAUUAUUCCUUCUCGGAAGGUAUAGUAGAAUAAUUUAUAUUUCAGUAUGUUUGUAUUUCAGUACCUUCAGAGCUGAGAGGACAUAUUAUCCUGUUUAAGAAAACUGUCAGCAAAUGGUGGCAAUAUGAAACCUCACAGAUGUAACUAAAAUAAUGCACUAGUAGCAUUUUGGCUUUUGUAAGCCUGUGAUAAGAGAGCAAUAUACAAUGGAAACGCAAAUUGGUUGCAAUUAUCAGGAGGUUUAAAAAAAUUCUGUGUAAAAUUACAGUGUUUGAUUGGUGAAGGAAAGAUAGACCUGGAAUUUUGAAAAGCCGUAACUGCAAAAGCAGCCAUCGCUCCUUGCUGCUAGGGAGGUUUCACUAGGAGAGAUGUCUGCACCUCAGCUACAGAAAAUCAAUGUUAACAUAAUAUAUCCAAUAGUCACGGGGUUCCGAAAUAAUGUAAAUUUGUUUGAUUUUGUGUUUCCUGGUUGAUUAUGGUAAAGUGUUGGGUUCUUCUGCGAAUGAGCUCCAGCAAAACUCAAAUGCACCAGAAAUACUGACUGUUCUGUAGUAGAUUCACCAUGUUACAGUUUACCUUUGUGACCAUUUGUCUUUCAAUACAUCUAGCUAAAUCAAAAUAAUACUAUGUCAACCAAUCAUAGCUCCGGACCAGAUUUUGGACAAAUUUUACGUCAACAGUAUGGAAUUUCUGCCUCCUGGUGAAACAUCCCUAUCAGUGAGGAGCAAAGAGAUACUGCUGUUUUUGCAGGCUACAAAAAUAAAAGGUUUAAGAAAUCGGCACUGUUCUUAACGUGAUUGCAAUUAUUUUUUAUACGUGCAGUACCUGACCUCAACUCUGUGAUGAAAAGCUUUAUUGGAAUUACCGUAUGAGGUUUUAAAAACUCAUGAGUAGAUUUUGGCUCCUGAGAGUUGAGGCACUUAUUUGGUACAUGUAGAUUUUGAUCUAAGCGAACUGCUGGUAUUGUUUGAAACCCCUGUUUUAAUAUGUCUUUUCAGAACUCCUCGCCCUAUAUCAGUUAAACAGUUGGAACAUGAAGAAGAUGAAGAUGGUGUGGUAGAUGAAAAUGUUAAGAGACAUGCUGAUUUUGAAAAGUAAGAUGAUGGUUUGGUUUUUCUGCAUGCAUAAUAAAUUAUUUUUGUGUACCUCAUAAAGUUUACAGCAGUUUGAUCACUUUGAUAAAAAACCUGCCUAAAAAAACUAGCACUGUUUUCAGUUGUAGCAAGGGCUUGAAUAAGUGAUGUUUGGGACAAUUACAAUGCACCAAAUGCAAAUAUGGUGGACCUCUCAGCCAGCCAGGAUCUAGUUGUGCGAAAGUGAGGCUGGUGGGGCCUCAAGAGUUUUGGUUUGACUGCAUGACCUAGCAGUUGAGUAGAUUGAUAUGGUUUACCUGAAGUUGUUGCAUGCCUGAGCACCACCAAAAAGGAGAUUUUACUCUAGCUGGAAGAACCUUUACUUUCCCAAGAUCUUUUCGCAAAGAAAGUUAAGGAUUCAUACGAUUUGUAUGUAGAUUUUCUUCCUGGGAAAGUAAUGAACUCAAGGAGAGUUUAGUUUCGUCUGUGACGCAAGCUAGCCUUUCUAGUCCUGGAAAACUCAGUGAUGUCGUGGUGAGGUAAAGGCAGUUAUUGAUGAUUUUUUUUUUCGCUUUGAAAAGUGAUGCAUCUCAAUGAUGAGUCUUUAUAUUGGAAUUACCGUAUUAAGUUUCUGUGGAAACUGUUGAUUCUAAAUGGCACCUGAGAGAUGCAAACAUAAAAUACUUUAUGUAUGGCACAGAAAGGUUGGGUUCACUGGUUCAUUUUAUUUCACACUGUUUAAGUAAAAGUUCACAGAUCUAAGUUGUAAGAAUUACAGAUUGCCUUGAAUAGGUAGUUAAAUAAGAUAAAACAGAGUUAUUGGUACAUAUGUAUAUUGACGAAUGUGUGUGGUGGUCAAAGUAGCAUUCGCUUUUGAGUUGGCCACCACCUACUUUAGAAUCAACAAGAACACACAAAGUUUACUUCACUUACCACUGUGAAUGGUAUAGUUCCAAUAUUUUAUAACAUGGUACCUGUGGUAAAUCUUUCUUGCAAGCCCAGAUAUACUGGAAUGUCACAUUUUUCAACAAGCAUGGUAGUAUUUUGCUAACAACAUUGUUUUAAAUGCAUGUGGUGUACUGAAAUCAAGGAAGCUGUCAUUCAUAUGAGGCAGAUAGUACUCAAUGCUAUUGUGGACUGGCAUCAUGUCCCUGAACGAAAUGUUCCCAUCUUAAAAGUGUAAACUUUUAACAGAUUGUUUGACGUUAAGUUCUGAAGAAGGAAUAGCAAUAAAAUUUUAACUUGUAACAAAAAGUGGUAUAUAAUUUUUCUUUGGCUGUCCAUUUCUACAUUCCAUUAUGUGAGUUUUGCACUUACUGACAGACCAGAGUGGAAGUAACCCCAUACAAUGUCAGUUAACCCUUUAAGUCCCAAUAUCCACAUACAAAUUCUCCAAACUGAUCUCCAUACAUUUCCUUGAAGAAUUAGUUGAGAGAAUUUGGUAAAAGAUCAAAUACCUGGUAUAGACUUUGCCCAUGAUAGUCUAUGGAUAUCGUGAGGAGAAAAUUAAUUUUGAGCACUAAGGGUUAAGCAUGUUCCUAGUUUCAUCAUAAUUAAUAGAAUGGGUUACUCAUAUGUGCAACAUUAUCCAUUGCACUGUUGAGCUUAAUUGCAAUUGGCAUCAAAUAUUUCAAGAUAGUUGACAAACAAAGGGAGAAUUGUUCACCAAUAUUGUGAAGUAAGGUUUUAAUAGCUGAACUGUUUCUUUCAGGGAGAGAGAGGUUGCCCCCCAUUUUGUGGCACCGAAUACAUUUGAGGCAGAGUGGGCUCAAAGAUGGCGUGCUCUAGAAGAGAUGGAAGUGUCCCAGAAGGAAGCUUUGGAUGUUCAGUUUAAGGAAGCUCGUGAGAAAUUGGAAGCAGAAAUGGAUCAGGCAAUUCAGGAUCACGAGUCUCUGUUAAUGAGGCAGGGUAUGAACUAUUAAAAUGUUUUCUUCAUUUGAGUGGCCACAAUAAAGUUAGUAACGUCAAACCUCCCUGUAUGGUAUUUGUCAGAAAAGUUAUUUCUGAUGCAGUGAUUUUGUUAUGAAUAGUUAUAGUGUGUCCUGGGACUUAUCUUGUGAAAAAUCAUGAGUCCCAGUUGAUAAAACAAUGAGUUCCUGGAUCUUUUGUAACCACACAGUUAAUCUGAAGACAUACUCCAAAACUCGGUAUAACAGUUUCAUUACUGAAAUAAAAAUAUACUCCUUCUAUUGUAAAUCACAACAAAGACUAAAAGGAAUAAGCAUCGUUUAACAACAGCCACAAGAACAGCCACAGAAAUCACACAAACGGGAUAUUCUGCAAAAACAUCUUCAGAUCGAUCAACGUUACUGAUCGUUGCGUCCUAGAGGAUGCAUACCUCAAAUUUUUUUGGCAUUGUGGGAGAUUUUUAUACGGCAGGGAUGCAGGACACAGAGGUAACAAAAUCACUGCUGAUGGCUUUCUAUAUCUGUGCUUAAAAAAUGUAAAAUAUUUUAAAAUGUUGAAGAUGCUGCAUCUGCAUCCUUAUGGGUCUCCUUUUAGUUACAAGUCCCAUGAUAAUUUCUUGUUUAAUUAAAACGGACAAAUAUUUUUGCUGGAACCAAAGGGAGCCCCAAGUUAAUGUUUGUUGCUUUGUCCAUAGAAAUCCAGCGUCGUCAAGAAGAACUGCAUCGAUUUGAAGAGAUGCGUAAAAGAGAGGAGAUGAUGAGACAAGCAGAGAUGAGGUAAAGGAGAACUACAAUCUUGGACAGAAUAAAAGGGAACAGCAAACCCCCAUACCGCCAAAUCAAGGAUGAAGCCAUGGGAAGGGCAAAAUGCACCAUUUUCCCAUCUUUGAUUUGGGGGUUUGGGGAGAAUGGAAAAAAAUGAGGUGUUGAGGUCAAAAUAAUAAGUUAUGUGUUGGCUUCAAUAUCAAACAUGAGUACAUAGACAAGAUGUCAGAGAGGGUGGACAAUGUGAAACCCAGCUUGAAACUACAAUAACGUUAUUGUGAAAGCACUAGUUGAAAGCUCUUUCAUUGUCAGUGUUUGUGAAAAGUUUGUUGUUAAGAAGAAAAAGGGAGAUGGGGGUCCAGCUCUGAAAGUUACUGACAAUGGCCAUGAACAUUUUGUCUUUCUGCCUGACAAAAUGAAAGUAAUCGCAUCGAUUUAGUUUGAUUGGUUUGAUUAACUUCAGUAAUAAAAAAAAAAAACACUUCAUUUGGGUGUCAAUGUAUUUAGCAUGAAAGUACUAANGCAGAAAUGGAUCAGGCAAUUCAGGAUCACGAGUCUCUAUUAAUGAGGCAGGGUAUGAACUAUUAAAAUGUUUUCUUCAUUUGAGUGGCCACAAUAAAGUUAGUAACGUCAAACCUCCCUGUAUGGUAUUUGUCAGAAAAGUUAUUUCUGAUGCAGUGAUUUUGUUAUGAAUAGUUAUAGUGUGUCCUGGGACUUAUCUUGUGAAAAAUCAUGAGUCCCAGUUGAUAAAACAAUGAGUUCCUGGAUCUUUUGUAACCACACAGUUAAUCUGAAGACAUACUCCAAAACUCUGUAUAACAGUUUCAUUACCAGUCCGGAAUAUCCCUAAAUUUAAGCACAGGGCCAACUGGUCACGCGCCACUUUUUAACCAAUGAGAUGGCGCGCUUGUGUUUAUCAACAAACAAAUCAAAACAUCGCCCCAGUGAUCAAAAAUUCUCAAAACAACGGAUGGAGUCGGAACAGAAUUAAAGAUGAGCUUACAGUACUCGUCCAGGUUUCACAUUUAAUAUUUCAAAGAAAACAUGUCAUGUAAGAGAAUCAUUGCAAGGAAUCAUUGGGGUGUUCGAACUGAUUCCGGACCGAUCGCAGAGGUCGUGGCUUCCCUAGCAUGGCUUGCAAGAUUUUUGAUACAAGCAAACUCGUCCCGUGUAAAAAUAGCCUCAGAGAGAGUGUGAAAAUUUGUUGAGAUCGUACAGAACAGCAUUGGUACUACCUAUUAACUUCUACAGGACAAGAAUCAAAGAACCAGUCAUCAUAACAAGAAUAGAAAGUAGUUCAAAUUUAUUAAUUUUUCUUGUUUGUUUUUUUUGUGUUUUUUCGUGUUGACUUCACACAUCUGGUGCUUUCUUCGCUUGCUGUAGUACCUGCAAUGUUUUAAUUUUAUCCCAGAUAAUCAGUGCAUGUUCAAUGAGUAGCGAAAUACAGCAUUUACAACUGAGAUUUGCCUUGUUUCUUUGAUUGUUCUUUAACGGUGGAUGAACAUUUGGAGAAUCCAACAACAUUAAAUCUUUCCAGAUUAGGGAAUUUCAGAAACAAAGCAGUUAGUAUCUACCUUGCGCUUAUGAUCUUCAAUUUCAUCCCCGCAAAUUCGGCAAAGUGAGGCGAGAUGUUGGACGUGAAUAUCCAUAAGACUAAUAAAGUUGUUUUGGCCUUGAAAAGAAAAAAGGCAAAGGCUCGUACUAAUGCGAAAAAAAGUAAUAACACGGCUGUUGUGAGAAACCCGGGAUUGGAAAACGUACGUGUUUUGGACCUCGGAAUUCAAAAAUUGUCUACCAAAACUCUAGGUUGUCUGCCACCCCCACAUUCAACAUAAUAAAAGUUAAUCAAUAUGACAAUCGAGGGAAAAUAUUUAGAACUUCGUAAAAAAUCUGUGAAUCGAAAAAAUAAUAGAUACUUGUUCACCUACCUUGAAAGCCAACCAAAAUCUCUCCUGUACAUCGCGUUGUUUAAGAGAUAAAAUAAGAAUAAGCCACAAAAUGAGCUGAAUAUUUCACGAGACACUUCCAAUAUGGCUUCUGAUACGCUGUCCACAUAAAAUAAUUGUGUAUGCCUCAUGAAAAGUCUUAAAAAUAUGCCUGAAACCUCGAAACGAUGACCGAUUCUGUCCGACUCCGUCCGUUGUUUUGAAAAUUUUUGAUCACUGGGGCGAUGUUUUGAUUUGUUUGUUGAAACACAAGCGCUUUCUCAUUGGUUGAAAAGUGUCGUGUGACCAGUUGGCCCUGUCCUUAAAUUUAGGGAUAUUCCGGACUGAUUACUGAAAUAAAAAUAUACUCCUUCUAUUGUAAAUCACAACAAAGACUAAAAGGAAUAAGCAUCGUUUAACAACAGCCACAAGAACAGCCACAGAAAUCACACAAACGGGAUAUUCUGCAAAAACAUCUUCAGAUCGAUCAACUGAUCGUUGCGUCCUAGAGGACGCAUACCUCAAAUUUUUUUGGCAUGGUGGGAGAUUUUUAUACGGCAGGGAUGCAGGACACAGAGGUAACAAAAUCACUGCUGAUGGCUUUCUAUAUCUGUGCUUAAAAUGUAAAAUAUUUUAAAAUCUUGAAGAUGCUGCUUCUGCAUCCUUAUGGGUCAAUCCUUUUAGUUACAAGUCCCAUGAUAAUUUCUUGUUUAAUUAAAACGGACAAAUAUUUUUGCUGGAACCAAAGGGAACCCCAAGUUAAUGUUUGUUGCUUUGUCCAUAGAAAUCCAGCGUCGUCAAGAAGAACUACAUCGAUUUGAAGAGAUGCGUAAAAGAGAGGAGAUGAUGAGACAAGCAGAGAUGAGGUAAAGGAGAACUACAAUCUUGGACAGAAUAAAAGGGAACAGCAAACCCCCAUACCGCCAAAUCAAGGAUGAAGCCAUGGGAAGGGCAAAAUGCACCAUUUUCCCAUCUUUGAUUUGGGGGUUUGGGGAGAAUGGAAAAAAAUGAGGUGUUGAGGUCAAAAUAAUAAGUUAUGUGUUGGCUUCAAUAUCAAACAUGAGUACAUAGACAAGAUGUCAGAGAGGGUGGACAAUGUGAAACCCAGCUUGAAACUACAAUAACGUUAUUGUGAAAGCACUAGUUGAAAGCUCUUUCACUGUCAGUGUUUGUGAAAAGUUUGUUGUUAAGAAGAAAAAGGGAGAUGGGGGUCCAGCUCUGAAAGUUACUGACAAUGGCCAUGAACAUUUUGUCUUUCUGCCUGACAAAAUGAAAGUAAUCGCAUCGAUUUAGUUUGAUUGGUUUGAUUAACUUCAGUAAUAAAAAAAAAAAACACUUCAUUUGGGUGUCAAUGUAUUUAGCAUGAAAGUACUAACAAUGGGGACACUAUUUUAAGUCUCCUACAUGGUCAUCUGAGCUAUGUGAAGGUCUAACCAUUUGCAGGGUAAAGGCAGUACCUUCAUUUCUCAGUCAUUUUAAGACCCUGAGUGUUGGUCCAGAUUCAGGAAUCGAACCCGCGACCUCCUGCUCUGCAGUCAAACCCUCUACCAACUUAGCUAAUCCUACUGCGGUUACUGAAAAGUUCUCUCUGAAAAGUUCCUGUUCAGUUAUGUUUGAUUACCGAACCAAUCAAACAACAAUCAAACAAUUGGUUUUGGUUGACUUUGACUUUUGACUUUUUUGUUCAGUUGUUUGAUUUACUACUCCGUUAUUAAUAUUGUUUUUCUGUGUGUGCUUGUGUUCAUCACAGGAGACAGGAGGAAAUGCGUCUGCAGGAAGAACUAUUUCGAAGGGAAGAGGAACUGCGUCGAAAGGAGGAGCUGUUUAGGCAGCAGCAACAGGAGCUCCAGAGGCACAGAGAGGUCAGGCUUCUGAUUUAAGAGCUGUUUGAUUAUUCAUGAGCUUGGGAAGUGCUAAUGCCUUCCUUGUACCACACGUCCUUGUUAUAUUAAUUCUUGAGACAUUCUAGAGUGGGAAAUUGUCUCUUUGUUUGACUGUAAAAUGUUUGCCUGUGUAUGGAAUGCACUCUACAUUUUCAUUACUUCUUGGAAAUAUAAAGCUUAACACAAUAGAAAGGGAAAUAGCCCCCAAAAAUCUCUUUCGGUUCUUCCUCUUCUUUACUCUCAUUGUUGACUUAUUUCUGCAUCUUGUAGAAAGAAACUUAUCUGGGAAAGAAUAACCAUCUUUAAAUGCCAAAUGAGAUAAUAGCUUUUGAUCAUACAAGUUUAUCUGAGGAAAAUAUUGCGUUUAUUGUAUUCAAAACUCAUAAAAAUGUGCUUUAAUGCUCAGGAAUCAAUGAGACGAAUUGAUUCAAGCUAUUCAGGAGGAUUUCCUCCUAAGGUAGGACUCUUGUCUUUAUAAGUCACUUAUAGCUGAGAACAAAGCAAAAAUGAGCAAUUAUUUGGUUAAUCGGUCUAGCAAACUUAAAGACAAGUUCACAUUCGCCACUUCAAAAACGGAAAGGAAACUGACCCAAGCUUACUUUUGCAAAGAGUUCUAGUACUGUUACUGAGGACAGGGCAAACAAAUUGCAUGUUUCGUACAAUCUUGAAAAGAUCUUGAUAGUUAGUAGUCGUCUUGACACCUGAAUAAAGUUUUCAUUCAUUUAUUCAUUCAUAUUACAGGGACCUCCUGGUGGAAUGGGCCGUGGAAUGGAUUGGGACAGAGGUGCUGGUGGUCCUCCUCCACGUGGUGGCCCACCCCUACGUGGUGGACCAGGGCCUGGUAUUCGUCCACCGGGUAUGAUGAAUCCUCCUAGAAUGGGCCCAGGAAUGAUGCCUCCCAGAGGACCACCCCCUAUGGGAGGUCCACCAAUGGGUGGUCCUCGUGGACCCAUGGGAUCUGGACCUCGUGGACCUGGUCCGGUAAGUGAGCACUUAAAAAUUUAUUUAAGAGUUAUACAACUUAAUGGAUCACUUCUUGGAAUACUCUUCGCGGGAGAUGAUGUUCAGGAUGAAAGUAAUUUGAAGGAUGCCAUACACCAAUGUAGUGUCAUGCGUAAUUGUCAUAUCAGCAAGCCACAAAAGAGGGACUAUGUUUCCAGCCUUAAAGCCAAUUUUUUUCUCAGAUCAUUCAUAGUAACAUACAGGAUUAUCAAAGGAACAGGUUUCGUAUCAAAUUUGGGAGAUGUCUUAGUUUGUGAUGAUUGUCUAUAG